UUCUCGCCCUUCCCUCCAUCUCCUUUUACUCGACCAUGGUCGGUCCAUGGCCCAUUGGGUCUGAAGUGGAGGAACCCUCUCCUUUUUUUCCGGGACGGAGAUCCCUUGCCGCCCAUCGCAUAGCCUCUGGGUUUCACAAGUGACGUACCGCUCAGUGCUCACUGCACUGAGUGGCAACUGGCAGGCCAAUCGCCCGAUUGGGCUGGACCCUGCCUAUGUAUGGUGGCCUGCCCAGCAGCGGGCUAAAAGCUACGUACCUCCUUCGGUGCCAGUAAUACCUAGUGUGAGUAGCUACGUACCUGGCUACCUAGGUACCUUAGCUCUGGUGGAGAGCCAUGCUUCUGAAUUUCCCUUUGUAGGCCCUUACUGGUCGUUACUCGUCCAGACAACGGCAAUGACCUCAGACUCGGCUCAGCUCAGCCCAGCUCAACUCUCCUCUUCACAUCAGCACUCAAUCAUGUUACUUUGAUGUGAAGAAGCCAUCCCCGCCCUCCCCAACCCAGUAUCAAAAUUUUGGCUUUAUCUUGCGCAUGCUCACUCCUUUCCAUAGCGAAAACCAGCGCCUCGUCGGAGAACAGUGAAAAUGGCCUCGGAAGAGUAUCCAGGUCUGCUCCUCUUGCCUUUCCCCCCUCGGCCACCAUCGCGCGCCUCACUUAGCGCCGCCUAUCGGCCAUCGCUGCUGGCUGUUCUAUCCAAGAUCAAGAACCCGAAUCGGUCAUCCGUCCUCGUAGUAGCCGUCGUGUGCCCGCUUCUCCAAGGGGCGUCGCCCAAAACCAAGUCGCUUUCGUGGGCAGCUGCACAGUCCCUGGUUGCCGGCCUCUACAGCCUCAUCGCUGUUGUGUGCGCCGAGCAAGACAUUGCCACAGAUAUCCAUGGAGGUCCCGGCUCUGUCGAUGCCCGUGUCGUGCUGGUCGAUCACGAUGUCGACAGGAGGUUUCCUCCCGACUUCGUUGCCAACAUCGAGCCCAACAACACCACCGUUGUCGACCUCCCGACCUUUGCGUCGGCCUACCACCCCUGGAGUUUCAUCUUUCACGUCAACAGCGAGCAGGGCUACCGCACUCUUUCCACCUAUCUCAGGUUCGCCGAGCGGAGGCAGACAAUUCUUCAGUCACAGCUAAUAGUCGUUGAGGCGGGGCUAAGCCUGAACCUCGAGAGCUCAGGGACCGAAAGGGCAGAGGACUCGCCAGGGUACUCCAUUGUGUGUCUCGGGGGCACCUUUGACCACUUACACCCGGGCCACAAACUACUCUUGACGGCUGCAGCGCUUCUCCUUCGGGUGCCAGUCAAGGACUCGACAGCAACUUGCCGUCUGAUUAUCGGCAUCACGGGGGACCAGCUGUUGAAAAACAAGAAGUACGCAGAACUCGUGCAGUCCUGGGACGACAGGGCUCGAUUCAUAGUCGAUUUCCUCUCUUCGCUGCUGGAGCUGGACAAGGGCGGAUGGAAGAAGAAGGCCGGCCCCGUCGCAGCCGUUACGACGCAGCCGGGCCGUCUUGAGGCGACGUUCCGCAACGGCGCCAUCACUGUGGAGUGUGUUGAGAUCCAAGACCCGUUUGGCCCGACCAUCACACAGGAGGAGAUGGACGUCUUGGUAGUUUCGGGAGAGACGCGGUCGGGCGGACAGGCCGUCAACGAUAGACGGACUGCACUCGGAUGGAAGCCCCUGGAGACGUACGAGGUCGAGGUGCUCGACGCCAACGAUCUCGGCGACGAGGCGAGUAAGACGGAUGAGAGCUUUGCGUCCAAGAUCAGCAGUACGGCCAUCCGGCAGCAAAAGGCCGAGACUGUGGCGAAGCUGGAGAGCAGCAAAAGCCGGCUCUCUUAGUACACUUCGGUCGAGUGCGACAAAGGCAUACGAUGAAGAGCAAAGUCCUUCCGAAUCCAAUGCCUCUCGCUGUUUGAUAGGUCAUAGCAGUCUGUCUUGUCUGGUCUGUUGUUCGAUGCCGAGACGAGGCGAAGGCAUUGCUGCAUUUCAAUUUCAUUGGGCGAAAAUCAACAAGCAAACCGUUUCUCUGUCUUCCCUGUCGUACCGAACAAGCGCUUCGUCGCACUGCCACCCUCGCUUCCCCUUGCCCUGAUCGCCUGGUCGGUUGGGUCGGCCCUGGUCGAAGGUGUCGUCUGAAACGGCCUCCCGCUGGGGAAGAUCCUUGAGUAGUCGGAUGACUGGCCCUCAGCGUUUGUGUCUCUUGGUGUUGGGCGCCAUGGCUGUGUUCGCCCGCUGCCCAGUGAUGCUACAAUGCUUCUAAUUCGCUGUUGAAGCACCCCACCAAAAGCCGCUGCGGGAAAGGCGCCGUGGGGUGCUAAUUUCCGGAGCAGCAGCACCUUUGCUCGGGCUGAACUUGGAUGGCGUUUCUCGACAACGCAACCAACCGACGGAGUAUUGGUUGAUCGACGUGCUGGUUUCCCGGCUUGCCGUGAUAGAUAACCCAAAGAGAAACUUAAGAUGGUGUAGAUCUGCCGGUCCAUGCUCUUGCAAUGGCCAAAGCGCUUCCAAAUUCGGACGGGAUUCCACCUCACCAUUUCCUGUUGGCUGUAGACCGUCAAUGCACCAUUGCGGGCUUUGUGCAGGUCCCAUGUUGCCGUCGACAGAUGGCGCGGCCGGCUAAUGCAUUGCUUGAU